GCUCCUCGAUUGGGUAUAUGUAGCACAGAAAACUAGUGGACAUGUUCAUGUUGAGUCCGGCCGUCCCAAUGUUGGUGGACCAAAUCCUGCUACUGGUACUAGAUACCCUAUGUGACUACGUGACUUAUUUUUUGGAAAAAGACCAUGCAGUCUUCAUAUUCCAAGAUUUUCGUCACAAGACAAUCGUUGUUUUGCUGCAGUUUCUUGCUUUGAUUCCUCGACGACCAUUCAUCUAUCCCCCUCGGCUCAAGUUGCCAUGAUGGAAAGGUAGCAAUGUUUUGGCCAAUUUGGGCCUUGCUACUGCUGCGUGCCACCGGGAAAGGUGGAACUGCGAGUGGAAGCUAUGGCGGCACCGGAGGAGUCUACUCAGGUGGUGGUAUCGUGGCCUCUCGUGCUGCUUAUGCCAGCACCGGGGCCUUUGCGGCUGUCGUGCUUUUAUCUGCUGGAAGCCGGAGGCGAUAUGGGACCUACUACGAUCCCCAGGACGCAGGAGGCCUUUGCACGUUGCUCUCCGAGGACGAAAUGAACAGCUCAUGCAGCAACCUCAUUGGAAAUGAAACUGUUUGCCAUGAUUGCAUCGCCUGCGAGACGGAGGACUGCAUGACCGAGAUCAGCAACUGUGAUGAGUUCUUGGCCACCGUGUUCACUGAAUGCUGCGUCGAAGACUGUGACGUGGGCAGCUCCACCCCCAUCACAGCUCUCUUCGCAGUCGUUGCAUCGAGCCCUCGGCCUGGCAUAGCUGGCACCAAACAGGCUUCGAGACGCCCAAAAUUCAACAUUUGAGGGUUCUAGUUCCAUAGCAUUCCCAGACACUCCAUGGGACUGCCAUAUAUGCCUACAUUGGGGUGGUUUUGGGGGUCAAUGUAGUCAUAGAUGGCAUACAUGGAGUGUCUGGGAUUGGCUACUCGAAAUCGAGCAAGACUUCAACCAGUCCCAGUCGUUCGAAAACGAUUCCGACUGCCAAGACGUAGACACUCUGAGACACUCGACCAUGGUUCUUCAGGUUGCGUGUAGCAAUACCCACCUGGUCCAGUGGAACCACCUGGCCCAGUGGAACCACCAACUCCACUGGUGAGGCUAAAGGAUGCGAAACCAACGCACGAGUUCUGGUCCUGGUCCUGGUCUGGUCCAUGCAUUCUCGUCCAGCAUCGUGUUUGGGCAUCAUAAGGAGCAUCAAGAAC